AUCUAUUGUUUGAUGUUUAAUUUUAAUUUCAGAGACUUGCAAAUCAGCUCGCUCAUUUUUUCAGAUUGGACGAAAAAGAUGUCUUUAGCUCACGUCGUUGUGCUUAUGGCUUUAGUUGACACUGGAGGUGCUGGUUGCAGCAGAACAAACUGGACGGAGAGUUGGAAAAAAGCAGGAAACUCAAGGUGUAAUGGUUAUUAUGAUUUUAUCUCUGGCUUUUAUCGAGCUGCCUUCACAGGUGCUGAAUCUGACAGUAUAGAAUUAAUAGAAGGAGUUGAAUGUUGUUCGAGAAAUUUACCAUGGGACAAAUCAAGAACACAAGUAAUGAUUGCUAAUUGGUGGUAUUCGUUUCAUAGAGACGACUCCUGGUCACUCUGUCCUACUGGUUAUUUCCUUAACGGUUUUUACAGAACGAAAGACGCUGAUCGUGGCUUUCUGGAUAACAUAAAAGUGGGACGUUGUUCUAAACCAUCUGACCACCCAGCAUACUAUAGUCACUGUUAUGAUCACGAUAUUGGGACAUGUUUUGCUAACGUAGGUUUGUGUAAAUGUAAUGAUGGUUACUAUGUCACUGGUUUGUACAAAGGGAACUGUAGUAGACUUUAUUGUAUACGGACUUUGCGAUGUUGCAAGCCGGCGUCAGCACCAGAAGUACUAGACGAGCUCUACAUGGUGCAGACACGCAUUAUGGACAAUACAAUGUACGACAUUGCUAAUUUUUCGGAUGUUAUCGGUUACGACUGGUGUGGAGGUUGUAGAGCCCAGUUCACAGGCGAGGAUUUUGUUAGAGAAGGUGACACAUGGAUUUCUAAUGUAGAUCAACCCUGUCGUGGAGACAAUAAUAAUAAACGCCUCAGCAUGGCGUACGGCGACUGGAGCUUCGCUAUGAAAGACAUCAAAUACGGACCUCACAUCAUCCAAAACUUAGUACCAGAAACUAUAGACUCGGGGACUUUUUAUAACAAUCACGUGACGGAGGCUAUGAAGACUAUUAUACGAAGUGAGUCCAGCGUUCGCACAGUCACCCACACGACAACCAGUUCUUGGAAAAGCAAUCUUGAUUUAAACAUCCAAGUUACUUACAAGCCACCAGGAGUGGGAAUUAGUGCUGGAUACAAGUUUGGAUAUGAGACAAGCACGUCUACAAAAAAUGAAAAAAGUGAGAAAACAUCGAAGAGUUUUACAAUGACUACUAGUAAAAAUAUCAAGGCCUAUUCUGCUGCCAAAUGGAGUUUUAUCGUGGCAAAAACACGAACUUCAAUAACGUACACGGCUACAAUCAUAGCCAGGUUUUCUACCGAGCUUCAAGGCAUUCUACGUGGGGGUGGAGGAAAGCAUGAUAUUGACACAAAUUAUCAUAACAAGUAUCAUGGUAGUGAUAGUGUGUCAAAGGUGAACUACAAGUUUGGCAGUUCAAGCGUCCCAUUUUACACAGACCUAAAGCAACAGAGCGAUACAAGUUCACACCCUUGGUUGUGGAACGACAUGAGAGACGCGUAUCCAGAAUUUCAACAAAUGCUAAACGAUUUGUGCGAUGAGAAUCGAUACGUCUUUCAACUGACUGGAAGGUUUGAUGAUGUUGUUGGUACAAGUGGAGAUUUUACCUGGGAAGCUGUACCAUUAAGUAAACGAUCAGCAGACCGUUACAAGCGUGUUCCUGACCGUAUCUUCCAGAAUUCAACACAUGUCGCUAGAGCUUUGCCUAAUGAUGACCCUCCGAUUAAAUUUGAUCCUCCUUAA